AUGAUCUUGAAAUCUGGGUUUUUAUCAGCACUGGGUGGACUGGCUGUUCUGAUCCAAGUCUUGACAUCCAUAGCGCUGGCGGAGGAAGUUCCGGUAUGUGACAGUGUUGGGAAAAAAGUUCAUAGCUCAGAUUUCGAUGAUACUCUUGCCAUAUCUGUCUGUCGGGAAUAUAAUGGGCACUCUUUCGCAUCGAAUCCGAGAAAAUAAAUCUUAUCGCGACAAAAUCAAAUUGCUUUUUAUUUCAUCGACGCGAGUGUGCUCAUUAUUUUCCCGACAGACUGAUAAAUUUUGAUUUUACAAAACAGUUCUAAAUUUAAUCGAUCCACAUAUUAUAGAAAUUUCGUAUUAAACCCUAUGCGAUAUUUCUAGCUCGCGAUUGACAGAAACAAUCGAUAUUUUUAGACCGAAAAUUUGUUUAAAAUACGACGUUUUUUGGGAAGUCUUCAAUUCAAUUUAUUCACACUAAUCACAUGUAAAAUCAUGGAGUGUAUCAGUCGGGAUUCCAUUGUCUGGUCAGUAUAAGGUCUCUCCAUCUCAGGCCAUGGUACUUUCGAAAAUCGUCGGUCCAUCUGAGUCUGGGGCGUCCAAGUGGUCGUUUGUGGGGCGGCGUCCAUUCCAUCAGUCGUUGAUUUUGGGAAGUCUAUCUAUUAAAAAUUCUGGAAAGAUUACGAGCGUCGCACCUGGGAGAUUUCACUUGUAAAUCUUACCCUAGGGAUCUACGCCGUUUCUGCAGAUACAUACUAUUUUUAAGAAAUACUUAGCCUUAAGUUCCGGCAAAUUUAUCGAAAUCCAAGCAUCGUAUCGGUUUUAUUUCUAAUAUAAAAAUUGACUUUUUCCAGGAAUUCACAAUUUUCACCAAUGCCACUGGCCCCUUAUGGGUAUCGAUGAUGUUCCUGCCAGCCUCCUUUCUUCAAAUCUCGAUUAUCCCGGUUUGGCAUCGUAAAACAAUGUCAUUGUUGGCUUCACUCGGCCGAACACUACGAAUCGGCUCUAUCUUCGGCCGACUCCAAACGCCGGAGCCCCAAGCCACAGUAACCGUUUACAUUAAUAUAAAGCGAAAAGUGGAGGAUGGAAAACUUCAAGAGCGCGAAAUCUAUUUCGAAAUGUUCGAUAAGGCCUGGCGAUGA